CUGUGGUUUGAAAGCACACUGCUACGAUUUCGAUUCAAUAAGACGUUUUCACAGUUCGCAUCAUGGCGUCAGAAACGGGAUCCGACUUGGACUGCGAUGUCGUCAUCAUUGGGGCGGGUUUAUCCGGCCUGACUGCAGCGUACACCCUUCUCAAGCACGACAGCAACUUGAAACUUAGGAUUCUUGAAGCAAGCGAUCGCAUUGGAGGGCAAAUAUUGACGAAGGAACUAAAGUGUGGCAAUGGGGAGACCGACCAGUUUGACUUUGGAGCUGUUUGGAUUCACAAAGACCAGAAAGAAAUCAACGCCCUCCUAGCCGAGCUGGAUAUCCAGAAAUACCCGCAGUACGAGAAAGGCAAGAAUUACAUGGAACUGCUCGACGGCAAAGUCAAAUCCUACUCGGGGGACAACAUGCCGGUUGGCAUCAAAGACAAACUGGAUAUAUACUCCUAUUUCUCCAAGGCCGAGAGCGCGUCCAAGGCCGUCAAUCUAGAGAACCCACAGCUCUCCGUUAACGCAGCGGAUCUCGACGGAACAAGCGUGGAGGAUUUCCGCAAGAAAACAGUGUGGACAACGGGCGGAGGGGAUUUAGCGGACAUGAUGGCAACGAUCAACCACACCAUGGCCCCAGCGCACAUCUCCAAGAUGGAAUACCUCUAUGUCAUGAAGUCCUGUGGCGGCUAUGAAGCACAAAUGGGCGGCGACGGGUCGGACUUUAGGGUUGAGGGCGGAAUGUUUCAAAUUUGCCAGAAACUCGUUACACACAUCGGAGACGAAAAUAUCCACACUGGUGAGAAGGUUGUCAGUAUCGUCCAAGAAGACGGACAACAGAGGGCGCUUGUCAAAACGCAGAGCGGCAAGGUGGUGUCUACUAAGCAUGUUGUCGUCACAGUGCCGCCGAGCAAUAUUGUUGACAUUGAGUUUACUCCACCAUUUUCUAUCGAGUUUCCUCCCCCAUCCUACUCCCUUGGAACGAUAAGUUUUGUUGCGACGUACGGUCAGCCGUUUUGGAGGGACGCAGGAUUCUCCGGCCAACAUAUGAGCAUGUUGUCAAUCCUGGCGCAGAUCAGGGAACUUCCCCAGGCAGGGCCACUCACCAUGGUCAUGGACGGAGUGUCCAGCAAGGGCCACGCAGCGCUGUUUGGGACCCUAGCAACCGGCAACCUAAAGAAUCUAACAUUGGUGACUGACAAGCUGAAAACUAUGGAUGAACGUAAGGCAGUUGUGCUGACCAAGCUGGCCGAGAUCUUCGGACGGCAAGCUGAGCAAGCUAUUGAUUAUGCUGACCAUGUUUGGGAGCCGGAGGAGGGGGUUCAAGAAAUGAGUAAAUUCAUGGAUGAAUGUGUGUUUUUCAAUCAGUCAUCUGGCAGGGUGCAUUGGGCGGGGGCUCACGUCUCCCCCUCAUGGGCAGGAACCAUGAAUGGAGCAGUGCAUUCUGGGAUACGUGCGGCCAACGACAUCAUCGAGCAGAUGAAGUAAACAUUCGUAAGAUAGCGUCACGUUUUGUACAGAUUUGUAAUUGAGGUAUUGGAUCACAAGUCCAUCACAAGGCCAUCACAGUCCCAAGUCAAGUCACAGGUUAUUGAGCUUUGACAAAGGCAUUCCUUUGUUGUUGUUCAUCCACUGUUACUUGUGGCUGGACUUGUGAAUUGAUUUGUGGUGCACUUGUCACAAGGGCGAAUCCAGAGUACUGUUGCGUAUCGCAUCAGGUUGACCAGCACUCGAUUUCACGAAGCGCUGCGACACGUCGCAACUCGUGUUACGACGUGUAACACGUCGCAACUCGCGACGCGUCGUAUCUUCCAUUUCACGAAAGUUGCAAUGUGUUG